AUGCCGGACGGCCGUCUCUUCACGCCGUGCGGGCGUGUGGGCAGCUCUGGGCUGGACGCCGAGGUCUGCUUCGAGGAGCUCCCCGCGCUCGCCGCCACUGUCAAGAGCACGCGCGGCGCGGGAGACAGCUUCGUCGCCGGCGCCGCUUGGGGGCUGCUGCGAGCGCCGACGCUCGACCUCGCCAACACGGACACCGUGCGCGCCGCGUUGCGCGCCGGGCUGCGAGCCGCGCAGCUCACCGUUCAGAGCGACGCGGCCAUCUCUGUUGAGGUCAGCGCCGACCGGCUCGAACCAGCGCUGGCCGGUGCGGCGUGA